AUGGCACAGGUCGAUAAUGGGUCCUCUUUCGAGGAUGAAGCUCCUGUGGAAUCGCUCAUUCAAGGACGUGCGAAGCGUAGCACUGCCGGGCGGCAUAUGUCUGCUCUUUUAGAAGCCGCAGCCGAUGACGACCUUGCCCUGCUCUUCGAGGAAGUGGAAGACGAUAAUGAAUUUGCCGUGGAUGUGGCGGAAGAAGGGGGAGAAGAGGAGGACAUGGGCCUUGAAUCCUCUUCGGACGAGGACGACCAAGGGCCUAGUGCUCAGGCGGAUGACUUUGAAGGGGAACGGCAACUCGAAAAGGAGGAGAGGGAGGAAAAGAAGAAAAGGAGGGCUCGAGAAGACCUGCGGUACAGAAUCACCAGCAAAAAGGUCAAGGUUGACCCGACCGCUCCGCCGACGACGCCCGCCCCGCGACCGAGGAAGAAAUCCGAGCGUGUUUCGUGGAUACCUACUCUCGAAGAAGGCCCUACUCGGUCCUCAUCCCGACGACAGACCAUGCAAAAUAAGGAGCUUACGCAUGCGCGACUCAAGGACAGCGAGGAGAAGCGUAUUCGUCUUAUCGCUACAAUGGAGGAAGCAGCUAAGCGAAAAGCGAAAACCAAGCCAAAGGCGAUGACGCAGGCUGAGCGCCUUGCAGAAGCUGAGAGGGUGGAAAGGCAUAAUAGCAAAAGUGUCAGCCGAUGGGAGGAGAUGGAAAAGAGAAAGGCGGAGGAAAGACGUGCCAAGAUUGAGGCUCUUCAAAACCGUCGCCUUGAGGGUCCUGUGAUAUCUUACUGGAGCGGUGUUGCUACCUGGGUUGAUGGUCGCUUGACGCGCGUCGGAAAGGUCGAUAUUACACAGAAGCCGGAGAAGGAAGAUGGUGCGCGGAAGAAAAGCAAGAAAGCGGAUAAGGAAGGAAAAGCCGACACAGAGCAGAAGCUAAGUACAACAACAGAACCAAGCACUGCUCAAAAUGUGCCUUCGAUUGCCGCGACUACGAAUCCUCCUGGACCUGCACCGCCUGAGGCCGAACCUAGACAAGACCAAGCUUCUGUCCAGCAACCUCAACAAGCGUCAGUCGAUGCUGGCCAAGAGAACGGUGCGGCUGCCGAGAGGAAGCCAAGCGGCACCGAGGGCGAAGGAUCUACAACCUCAAACAAACCCACUGAAAGCCAGGUUGUCGUUGCAGACACACAAUCAAUAGCCGCUGAUCCGAGCGUAUUAUCAAAUCUAGAAGCGGGUAAAAGCGCAGCCACAGCACAAUUGGAGGGAACGGAUGACACCCUUGUUGACCAACUAAAACCGAAUGCUGAAGAUGCGAAGACUCCAGAAUUAUCAGACAAUGCACCAGCUCAACCAUCCAAAGACGCCACAGCAACCAACGACAGCAUGCCGCCAGAUACAGAACCUUCACCUAAAAGAAGGGAAGGGGCAAUUGAUGCUGCCCAAGAGUCAAUUAUCAGUCCAACACCCGCCACUCAGCCGACGUCUGGACCUGCAUCCACUCUGCCCGCUUCAGUGGUUCCCACCUCAAUGCAGCUGGAUCAAGCGGGUGAGGGCGCGCAACCUCCAGUUCGAGAUGAGCAGAAAACCGAGAUACAUGUAGACGAACCUGCCAUGGGUGCCGACUCCCCUCAGCCACUCGUUCCUCCGGCUCCCAAAGUUGUGGAGCAUACUGGACGAUGCUUGACGAUUCUGGAGAAUUUCGAUGACAAGACUGCACAAAGCCGGGAGUUCAAUACCUAUUUUAACGCCAAAAAGCCUCCUAGGCUCACAAAAAUCUCGUCCUCGCUUUGCGUCAUCACAUCUCUCCCAUCUCGAUAUAAGGACCCUGACACUUCCCUCCCCUUCGCCAACUCUUACGCUUAUCACGAAAUUCGUCACACCGCUGCCCAGAAGUAUGCCUGGAGCCCCAUGCUUGGGUGUUAUGUUGGGCCCACGGGGGUUGCUGCACGUGGCGUGCCGGAGAGGUUCCUGAACCCCAACGCGAAAGAAAGUAGCACUCAGACCAGCGGCAACAGUGACAAUACCAAGAAGGAGGAAGCUUCGAAGACAGAGAGCGGGGACCAGACUGCAACGCCCGCAACAUCAACACCUGCCACAGCCGGCGCGGGUGAUGCAAUGGAUGUUGAUAAAUGA